AUGCCUCCGGCUCCGCGCCGCGGCUGCCCUGACCCGGCCGCGACCUCCCUCCCCGCGCGGGCCCAGCCGCCCCGACCUCUGGGGUGUCCCCCAAACAACACGGCCCAGCCGCCCCGCCGCCACACCCCCCGGCCCCGGCCUCCUCCUCCUCCUCCUGCUCCGCAGCUCGGCAUGGGCGCGGGGGCGCUCGCCCUGGGCGCCCCGGAGCCCUGCAACCUGUCGUCCUCCGCCGCGUCUCCGCUCCCCGACGGCGGCGGCGCGGCCCGGCUGCUGGUGCCCGCGUCGCCGCCCGCGUCGCUGCUGCCGCCGGCGGCCGGCGAGGAGGGCGGCCCCGCGCCGCUGUCGCAGCAGUGGACGGCCGGCAUGGGCCUGCUCAUGGCGCUCAUCGUGCUGCUCAUCGUGGCGGGCAACGUGCUGGUGAUCGCGGCCAUCGCCAGGACGCCGCGGCUGCAGACGCUCACCAACCUCUUCAUCAUCUCCCUGGCCAGCGCCGACCUGGUCAUGGGGCUGCUGGUGGUGCCGUUCGGGGCCACGCUGGUGGUGUGGGGCCGCUGGGAGUACGGCUCCUUCUUCUGCGAGCUGUGGACCUCGCUGGACGUGCUGUGCGUGACGGCCAGCAUCGAGACCCUGUGCGUCAUCGCCCUGGACCGCUACCUCGCCAUCACCGCGCCCUUCCGCUACCGCAGCCUGCUGACCCGGGCGCGGGCGCGGGCCCUCGUGUGCGCCGUGUGGGCCAUCUCGGCGCUGGUGUCCUUCCUGCCCAUCCUCAUGCACUGGUGGCGGGCCGAGGGCGCCGAUGCGCGCCGCUGCUACGACGACCCCAAGUGCUGCGACUUCGUCACCAACCGGGCCUACGCCAUCGCCUCGUCCGUGGUGUCCUUCUACGUGCCUCUGUGCAUCAUGGCGUUCGUGUACCUGCGCGUGUUCCGCGAGGCCCAGAAGCAGGUGAAGAAGAUCGACAGCUGCGAGCGCCGCUUCCUGGGCGGCAGCAGUGGCCCCGCGCGGCCGGCCUCGCCCGCACCGUCCGCGGGGGCCCCUCCGGCCCCGCCGGCCCCGCCGCCGGAGCCCGGGCGGCCCAGCAAGCGGCGGCCCUCGCGCCUCGUGGCCCUGCGCGAGCAGAAGGCGCUCAAGACGCUGGGCAUCAUCAUGGGCGUGUUCACGCUGUGCUGGCUGCCCUUCUUCCUGGCCAACGUGGUGAAGGCCUUCCACGCCGACCUGGUGCCCGACGGCCUGUUCGUCUUCUUCAACUGGCUGGGCUACGCCAACUCGGCCUUCAACCCCAUCAUCUACUGCCGCAGCCCCGACUUCCGCAGCGCCUUCCAGCACCUGCUGUGCUGCACCGCCCGCCGCCGCCGCCGCCGCCCCGCCGGCCCCCGCGACCGCGACCGCGACCGUGACCGCGACCGCCGCGCGCGCGCCUCGCCGGGCUGCCUGGCCGUGGCCGGGCCCGCGCCGCCCGGGGCCGCCUCCGACGACGACGAGGACGAGGACGACGGCGGCGUCGGGGCCGGGCCGCCCGCGCGGCUGCUGGAGCCCUGGGCCGGCUGCAACGGCGGCGGCGGGGCGGCGGCGGACAGCGACUCGAGCCUGGACGAGCCGAGCCCGAGCCCCAGCCCGAGCCCCAGCCCUGGCUGCACCUCGGAGUCCAGGGUGUAG